AUGCCAUACUUCCACCAGAUUUGCGCGCUCUGUGGGUGCCAGAUUCUUGCGGCCGAACCCACUGGUCCCGUCCGGUGGAAUAACGAGUUUCGUGCAGUCUAUGUUCGGACUAUUAGAACCCAAGACCCUGUCGCUUUUCUAACCGGUGUCGGCAAACACACCCAACCGGGAAGCAGAACCGUCCACGCCCCCUUCGACACUCAAAUGCACUGGAGCGAUGACGAGUUCCAGCCGUCGACUAGAAACUUGAUAUCGGCCCUCGACCGGAACCCAGUACCCCAAACCGAUAUCCCCGUCGGCUUCCUAUUCCACGACGCUUGCUGGCGGUUAUUCGAAGAAGCCUGCAAGCCAAGGCCCAUCCCACUCGACAGGCUGGCCCAGGUUCUCAUCUCCCUUCCGAUCUAUCACCCCGCUGGUCCCAACGUCCUUCUCGACUGGGGCCACAAUUUCGGCGGCGCCGUGGCCCUCGAACCCGAAGACUACGCCCCAUGGCAGUGGCACCGUGAACCACCAAGCCCCCAGCACUCGAAUGAUGGGCUUCACGGUCUUGACGCCCACGCCACAGCUAUUGGACAUGAAAAGCUCAAUGCUGUGAUCGUCACCAAUCGGGGCCAAAUUCUUGAUCUCUUCCGGGCUCCCCUUCCAUGGGGGGAUGUCCGCGUCAAUUCCGUGGAAGCCGCACCCGGAACUGUGAUCACGGGCCUCUACGGCACCCAGUCGGGUAGUAAGAUCGCCGCACUUGGAGCGAUGACUGAGAAAGCGGAUGAGUAG